AUGGACGGAAGUGGCGGAAAUGGAGGUUUUGAUCCUUGUGAAUGUAUCAUCAGUCAUGAGGGUGCGAUGCAACGACUUAUAUCUAUGCUGCGCAAUGCUCAAACAACUUGUACAGACAGUGAAUGUUUUACUGGUGCACUUCACGGUACAACACCACCACCAGAACGUAGCACGACAAUGUGGAUGAUGUUAAUGGCCUGGGUAGCAAUUGCUUUUUUGUUAUUCAUUUUUCGCCCACGUACAUUGCAAUCAAAUAGAGAUUUAGAUAAGUCAUCAAAUCAGGGUCCUCCUCGUCAAGAUCCACCUGGUCCAGAAACGCGUCAAAAUAUAAAUGUCAAAGAAUUAAUCGCUGAACAUUUAGCUCAAAGCUUUCGUAAAAGAAUUCACAAACUUACACGUUCAUCUCAUGAUGGACAACAUUUCUGCGGUGAAGUACAUCGCUAG